CUCAAAUCAAUGCUUCACAUAAUAAAACAACUCGCUCUUUCAGACUCACUUCGCUCUCUCUAUAUCCAUUACAACAGAUAGAGAAAAUCUAGAGAGAAAAAGAGAGGGAUGACAGGGGUGGUGAUGAUAACAAGGGGAGGUGGCUGUGGUGGUGGAGUAGGAAAUGGGAAAGCGGCAAAAGGAGGAGAUGAGGAGGAAAACCAGCUCUCUCUGGUGGCGAUUCUCUUGGCAGCUCUGAGAAAAUCCAUGGUCUCUUGCCGUGUAGAUCGAAGGGAAGAAGUAAUGUCAACUGUUCAUCAAAUGGAAAUCGGGUGGCCCACCAACGUUCAACACGUAGCCCACGUCACAUUCGAUCGUUUUCAUGGGUUUCUGGGUCUUCCUGUUGAAUUCGAAGUCGAAAUCCCCUGUAGAGUCCCCAGUGCCAGUGUUAGUGUUUUUGGUGUCUCAGCGGAAUCAAUGCAGUGCUCCUAUGAUUCAAGAGGCAAUAGUAUCCCAACAAUUCUCUUGCUAAUGCAAGAGAGGUUAUAUACACAAGGAGGUCUAAAGGCUGAAGGAAUUUUCCGCAUAAACCCGGAGAACAGCCAAGAAGAGCAUGUCAGGGACCAGUUGAACCGAGGCAUUGUGCCUCAAGACAUUGAUGUCCACUGUUUGGCAGGUCUAAUCAAAGCCUGGUUCCGAGAGCUUCCUUCAGGUGUGCUGGAUGGGCUUUCCCCAGAACAGGUUUUACAGUGUAACACAGAGGAUGAGUCUGUUGAGCUUGUGAAACAGCUGCAGCCAACUGAGACCGCAUUGCUCAACUGGGCUAUUGACCUUAUGUCUGAUGUUGUUGAGCAAGAGGAAUCUAACAAAAUGAAUGCCAGAAAUAUUGCCAUGGUUUUUGCUCCAAACAUGACUCAGAUGUCUGAUCCAUUGACGGCUCUGAUGCAUGCUGUUCAAGUGAUGAACCUGCUCAAGACCCUUAUUGUGAAGACUUUACGAGAGCGUGAAGAGACUACAACUGGAGGGUACUCACCCAUGUCAUUGAUGUCAAGUCGUUCAUUUGAUAGGCAAACUGAUGAGGAAUUCGAUAGUCAACGAGAGAUGGAUACCAGCUGUGAAUCCACAGGGCCAGCAUCAGACAAUGAUGAGAAUCCACAUUACAGCAAUAGCAGCGAAGAUGAAGAAGAAAAUGAAGUCGAAUCAUUGAGUGAAAUAGAACAUUGCUUCUUGAGGCAAUUAGAUGAGAAUGAGAAUGCAAAGAAUGGGUUCAGGGAAGAACUGGUUGGUAUUUUGCAUAGAGAUCAUAUGAGUCCCAAAACUAUUUCUACCAUUAAUGGGGACUCUGGUGUCUCAUUAUCUGACAGUAAAAUUGAGACCUCUGGCUUGAGCAUAACUAAUGGAGAAGAAUCCGGGAUCAGUGUGAUUGCUCUGGGGCUAACGAUGGACAUGAACAACCCAUCAGAAGCAUGUGGAGAAGCCACUGACAUGGAAAUGCUGGAUAAGUUGGAGUCUGAUCCUACUAAUCCUUUGUGCGUGCCAAGUGAAUCCGUCUAACUUACAUUCCAGUUUCACGGUCUUUUGUAGCUAUAAUAGUUCCAGAUUUUGGGGUUUUCGCUACAACCAUGCUUGCUUCUGUAGAUUGCUGAUGUGUAUUUGGCUUUGAUCAACCGGAGGACUGGUUUGUUUGUGGUUGAAUGGGAGGGCAGUCUUCAUGGUUCAGCCCAAAGCUGAACUGUUGUUUGUUUGUUUCAUUGUCAAAGGGUUUGACUUGAUGGAUUUGUAACAUUUUACCAAUUUUUUGUUGGAAGAUUUGUGUCAGUUAGGUCCUGAAGGUAAGGGCAUGGUGAAGAUCCUUCCUUGGAACUAUGUAUGGUCGAUUUGUAGAAGAUGAUUGACAUGGAACGGAUUAAAAAAAAAAAGUUCUUGUAUAUUAAUAGAUUUCCCCC